AUGCUAAAGAAGAGAUUGAGAAGAAAUAUUGAUGACUCUUUUGCUCUUACCAUUAGUUCGUCCAUAGCCAUGGAUGAGUUUCAUCCUUUGGCAGCCAUGGAUGAGUUUCAUCAUUUCCCAUCAUAUGUAUCAGCAAAUCUCCCUUCUGAUAUUGUUGCUGAAAUUUUCUCAAGGCUCCCCACCAAAUCUCUUGCUCGUUUCAACUGUGUCUCAAAGCCCAUAUAUGCAUUGAUUCACUGUCAAAGCUUCAUCAAGAAUCAGCUGAAGAAAGCCAAGGAAAGAGACUUACCUAAUCUGAUUUUCAAACAGGACUUCAAGAUGAUCUGCGUUGAAGACAAAAACUGGAGACGAACUCGAAGAUUGAACCCACCAUUCUCAAUCUUGCUUGACAAAGCCGAGCUUUCAGGCACCUGUAAUGGCCUUGUUUGCAUUUCUGAUCAUUCCAGAAAUGAAGAUAUCUUUCUGUACAACCCCUGUACAGGCCAAUACAACAAAUUACCAAUUCCCAAAUUCGACAUUCCCACAAUUGAACAUUCUUGUUUUACUGCUCUAGGGUUUGGUUAUCAUCGUAAGGAAGAUGAUUACAAUGUCAUGAGAAUGAUUUAUCUCUACGAUAAGCCAUUUAAGAACAUUGAUUCGUACCGUGUUGAAGCUCAAAUCUACUCAUUGCGUGAAGACCAAUGGAGGAAAACGGUUAAUGUUCCUUUUCAUAUUAGCUCUCGAGCAGCAAUUUGGCUUGAAAAUGAAGACACUCUAGUUUGGAAAGCGUCUUGUGGAUUCGGCCAAACGAUGAAAGUCCUCAUCGUCUCCUUCGACAUGAGCAGAGAAGCUUUCGAAGAGGUCACUCGACCUCCGCUACUCAUACAACCUGAAGACUGCCAGAUAGAAAUCAGUGUUUUGCAGGGCUGCUUUACUGUGUUUCAUCUAUGGAGGAACGAAGCUGUGGAGAUGUGGACGAUGAAGAAGUUCGGAAACGAGGAAACAUGGACUCGGACGAUGGUGCUCGCACGACCGCUGAUCCGGGACCUGUCGUUCAUGUACUUGAAGCCGAUUUGGGUGAAGAAAAACGGCGAUGUGGUGGUGGAGAAGAGCGGGAACAAGUUGAUUAUGUAUGAGCGGAGAAAGAGAAGAGUACGUGACUUCGCCAUUGUUGGAGCUCCGAGGUACGGUUUUGCAGCCACUGUAUUUGAUGGGAGCCUGGUUUCACCAUUUCCGGCUGCUUACAAGUCCCCAUGA